GGGGGGGAGACACAAAAGCUGUUGGAAAACAUGCUUAAUAACAAAUUCCAAAUAAUUUCCGCAAACAGAGGACUUGAGCUAAGCAGAAGGGAGCAUUGUUUGGACCGAAGGAGAGAAGGAGGAGGGAAUCACCUGCCCCUGAGGCUGUCCAACAAGAGAUUCUUUGAAUGCUACCACUGAGAAAUUGUUGGGCUCUUCCCCCCCGGAGCCAUCUCUCCCUUGUUGCCUUUCUCCUCCACAGGAUGCUUCCUGGGAUGCUCCUGCUGAGCUUUAUGUCCUUGCCCUGGAUUUGGGGGGCUCAGGUGUGUCAGUGCCACUGCACCUGCCUGCCAGGACACACCAAGAAGGUCUUGCGGGGACCAAGGAAGCAGAACUGGCAGCUUCCACACAGCUCUCCUCCUAGACACAGGCUAAGAGGUUCAAGGUCUCGCUCCAUGGAAUUUGCCCCACAGAUUCUUGAUCACCCCUCCAACCUUGUGGUAGGUAAGGACCAACCAGCCACUCUGAACUGCCGUGCUGAUGGAAAUCCAGCUCCCACCAUUGAAUGGUAUCGCAAUGGAAAGUACGUGAAACCCAGCAAAGAUGAUGCUACUUCCCAGCCUACCCUCCUGCCAGAUGGGUCCCUCUUCUUCCUCCGACUCAGCCAGGAGAAAGGAAAAUCAGAUGAGGGUGUAUACCAUUGCCUGGCCAGGAAUCAUCUGGGUAAAGCCAUGAGUAAAAAUGCAUCACUCUAUUUAGAAGUCCUAGAAGAGGAAUUCCGACUUCAUCCUAGUGACUUGAAGGUGACAAUUGGGGAAUCGUGGUUGUUGGAGUGUGUGCCUCCACUGGGACAUCCUGAGCCCACCAUCUCAUGGAAGAAGAAUGGAGUGCCCAUAAGUGCAGAAAAUGGCCAUUAUGAGUUCUCAAAAGAAAAAAUUCUGGUAGCCCAUGCUCAGAAGAGUGAUGCAGGAGCAUAUACCUGUCUAGCUGUCAAUCAAGUAGGAGAGCAAGUGAGCAGAGCAGCCAUGGUCAUUGUCUUUGAGAGGCCAACAUUCACUCGGAGACCCAAUGAUGUUGUAGCCAGUGUUGGCAGUAGUGUUCAGUUCAUUUGUGGAAUCCGUGGAGACCCAAAACUUGUUGUACAGUGGUAUAAAGAAGAUGGAGAGCUCCCUCCAGGGAGGUAUGAAGUAGACCAAGAAAAUGUCCUUCAAAUUCACCAUCUUACAAUGUGUGAUGCUGGGAAAUAUAUCUGUGCUGCUUACAGCCAUGGAGGGACCAUCUUUGCCAAGGCAACUUUAACUGUGGAAGAUCCACUAGAUACCAGGCAGAAGGAAUGGAACAGGCCAAAAGAUGUUACAAAGGAACUGAUGGAUAUCAGAAUUUGCCUAGUAAAUGUGACUAUUGUCCCCUCUGCUCCAGCUGCCCAUCUGCAUUGGAAGGUCACUCCAACUUCCCAGCCCAUAGAGGCUUACAAGGUAUUCUAUCAUUCUCUGCUGCCCACAAAAGUACACUGGGCUGAAUGGGAUGUCCCAAGAGACCAGCAGACUAUUAUUCCUGGACUUGAAAGAGGUUACAAGUAUGAAUUCAAGGUGCGACCGUAUUUGGGGAAGAUCCAUGGCAUAGACAGCAACGUGAGGCAACUGUACAUCCCAGAGGAAGUGCCAAGUGCUGCUCCACAAAUCAUCAGUAUCACCGUGUCCAGAGGUGGGAAUAGCACUGUGAUCCUUCAUUGGGAGCCCCCUCCACCAGAUACCCAUAACGGCAUCAUUAAGGCUUAUCAGGUCUGGUUCCUUGGCAAUGAAACUCAUCCAGGAUUUAACAGGACAGUAGAUGGAGACACAUAUAGCCUGGAAACAAUAAGACUCCCAAGUGGGCAUAAAUAUUGUGUGAAGAUAGCCGCAAUCAAUGGAGCAGGUGUUGGAGUAGCUAGCAAUCCUGUAUGUGGCACUGCAGACCCCAUGGUGGAGAAGAUGGCGAACAGCCCAGACUUUCUGUCAGCUAACUACAUGCUGGAAGUAGUGCGUCAGCCUGUCUUCAUUGCCAGCAUAGGUUCGGCACUCUGGAUCAUGUUGAUGGUGCUGGCAGUUUAUGUCUGCCAGCAACAAGCCAGGCAGUUUGGUGGCAGAAGAGGGUACGCCCUUGGAGAAGGACUGUACCGGAAUGCAAGUGAUGACACCAUCAUCAAACAUAGGGUAGACUCCAGUGAUUCUCCUUGGCUUUCAAAUACAUGGAAAUCCACAUCUGGUUCCAAGAAUCACAGUACCAGCAGCAGUCUCAGUAGCCAACUUCUGUGGAUGGAAUCCAAAGACAGCCAAGAAUUCCACAAAUCUACAGUGUCCUUUGAUAGGCAGAGUCAAGGAUCACGAAUCCAGACUGUACCUUUGGUAUCUGAUAGCAGCAAUAGUAACCCAUAUGGUGCUUUCUGCAUGAACCUUCCAGCAAAAGAUCUCAAGACCUUCUACAGUUCUUUGCCAUACCUUUCCAAUCCUAACCUACAAAGAAUGGAGUUAACACAAGUUGGUGAGCUCAUGUCUCAUGGCAGCCAGAACCUGAGGACUGAUCGUGCUAGUGGCCAAGGAAGAACACAACAAGGGCCAUGGAAGGCAGCUGGUUCCCUCUCCCCAAAUCGUACCAUCAGAGGAUCCUGGGCCAAAUAUGACAAAAAGGAGCUUCAACAGGUACACAGCACACCCUUGUCCCCAUCUGGAUUCUCAGCAGAUUGGAGCAACCAUAGUAGCUCAAGGAGUGUUGUCAGUUCUGGAAAGCACCAAAGAGUCCAUGGGAGGACAAAAAAGGUGCUAAAAACUUACAGCUCCUCCAAGUUCUCACUGUGCAGUUCACAAAAUGGCUCUUCACUGCCACCACCUCCUCCUAUUCCACCUGGUUUUCAAGCUCUCCGAGAUUCCAACACCAAGCAAGAGUGCUCCUGUACAUGCUAUCUUGAUCCCCCAGAGGACUUCAUGAACCAGCAGAUGGACAAGGAUUCUCUAAAGACGGUCAUAGAGUCUCUGGAUGAAAACCAGUCCUUCCCCACCUUGCCUUACAACCAGCUUUCCUCAGCUUCAGUUCCUGUAUCUCUCAGCGAUGACCAGGAGACAGUUCUCACCCCAGAAGAGGUGGCAGAAUACCUAGAACUCAGCACAGAAACUGAUUGUCAAAGGGAGCCAGAUGACAGUGACUCAACCACUUCCCACAUCCUCUUUCCAUCCCAUAGCUAUGGCUAUAUCUAUGGUCCUCUGGCCAUUGAGCUGCUGGAACACGAUGUGUUGGAUGAAGAUGAGGAUCCCAACAUGGUGGAAGGUCCCUGUUCAUCCACCAAAUUCUUCCACAGUUCCUGCCAAACCCCAUCGUCCAGCCUGAGUGAAGACGAGGCCUCCCUGGGAGGCUCCCUGGUGAAUGGCUGGGGAUCUGUUUCAGAGGACAAUGGCCCCAGCACUCGCUGCAGCCUGGUCAGCUCUUCAGAUGGUUCCUUUCUAUUGGAUGCCAACUUUGCUCAAGCCCUGGCAGUGGCAGUGGACAGUUUCUGCUUUGGCCUGACAAAGAAGGAAGUUGACAGGCCUUUGACAGAUUUUUUGCCUCCUGUAUCUCCUCUGGAUGGUCUCCUGCAUCCUCAGGCUCUCAUGAAGAGCUCAGAAGAAGUGCAACAGAGGCUUGGAUCGCAGCCCCUUCCUGUGUGGGAAUGGAGCACUGAUUGGGUGGACGAGAUGGAAGCCAAGUAUAUGCAACCAGCUGAGGGCUGGGAGGCUGCUGUUAAGCCAGGGAAAGCCAGGAUAGCUGCACCAGAAGAAGCCCAGCUGGUCCCUACUUCUAUCCAACAGGGAAUGAAUGACAAGUGUUGUUGCUCCAAGGUGGAGGGCCACCUACCAGGAAUCCUAAAGUAGUAGCUGUCCUGCUUUGGUUGGAGUUUGGUGUUUGGAAUUUGAUGAAUUUUGAAUUCUUUUUCAGUGCUAGGAGUCUAAUUCAGGAAAGCCAUGGUCCCUGUCAAUCAUCUGUAGAAAUGGACAACUCGUCAACUUUCAUCUUUUUAGAAAAGGGAAAAUGCUUAUCUUCCUUCCAUCCUAUUUUUGAUUUGAUUUUUAGAAGAAACCAGACUCAAUUUUCACCUAUCUUCCCUGGGCAAAUUCAAUAGGCCCAGGUAGCAUUUCUUGGUGUGGAAAAGAAUAAGUUGUACCUGUCUACUCUCAAAAUUGAGGAACUGGUCAGAAAGCAACUCUGAUUCCGGGCUGAAGUCACUUGGAUUUGGACUAGGACUUUAAAAUGGUGCAUGUUUUUUUUUGCAUUCUGACGGGGUCUAAAGACAUGGUGUCCAGGUCAGAAUGCAGAUAGGGAAAUAUCAGUUGGAUUGACUAGGCAAAUAUUAUUUUAAGACCAAGAUUUCUGGUUAGUUGAAGCUCAAGGCCCAGGAAAAGGAGAUUCUAAAUCCAGAAAAAGUAGGGUGUGCUUAGGUCUCUAACCUAAGGUCUAGAUAACAAAUAGCAGAAGUUGCUUUUUUUUUAACUUUAUCGCUACGUUAUUUAUAGGAUGGGGCACCUAGCAAAUGUUCUGCAAGUGGUCAGUGUGACAUGGGAGGUUUUUGAAGCUUCGAAAACCUUUUUAGAUAAAAGGAUGAUGGCUGUUGAGGUUUCAAACUCAUGCCAAGCUGUGACUUAGCAAGCUGCUGUACCUGUCAACCUCCCCCCACCAUUUCGUCUGUUGCAAAAGGCACAUGAGCUUGGUUGGUCAGGUGCAACAGGUUCAUCUUACCUGACCCAUUUCUGCCAUGUUGCACUUGGGACCCACUGAAAUAGGUUACUCUGAACAAUGUUUUAUUCAUUAUUAUUCCCAGUGGUUUUGUUUUCUUUGUUUUGGGUAGUUUUGCUCAAAGUCAUCUGAUUUUGAAGGAGGGAACUUCACUUUUCCUGUCCCUUCUGCUCGUGUGAGUCUCUGUGAGUCCAAAUAACCAAAGACUCAAUGAAUGUCACCCCGAACCUGCAGCCCUAGGCUGCUUCAAGUUUUAACAAACGGAGAGGGAGGAGGGAAGAAAGACCUAUUGAUUUCCAAUGCUGCAACUGACUGAUGGGGGCCUUUCAACCUCCCACACCUUUGCGCCUCAGUGAGCAGGCAAGAGAGAUUCAAUUAGUUGAAUGCCUUGUCUGAUGGAAAUAUCUAGCCCGGCCUUUGCUCUCUGCCACACUCACUUUGGAUCAGAGCUUUAUUUGGCAUUAGAAGGAUGGCUGCUUUUCAGCUGCAUUCUAGCAUUCCGUAAAAUAGAGUUGAAGGAUGCUUUAUAGACCAGAGCAAAUGACUCAUCCAUAGGCACUGAAGAGCCUGCCUGGAUAGAGCCAGAGACCAUUUGGUCCAACAUUUUGGGUCCCACAGUGGCCAGCCAGAUCAAUUCAAGAGCCUAGCAAGCAUCAACAAGAGGAAAAUUGCUCACUUCUACUGUUACUCCCCAAUAGAUGGUGUUUAAGAUCUGCUUCUUUUGAGUUAGUAAGCAUCCAUUAAAUCCAAUAACUUUUGGUAGCCCUUCAAUGAAAUGAACUUGGCAAUGGCCAUCACUGCAGCCCAUGGUAAUAAAUUCUGUAAUUCAGUCUUGUUUUGAAUGUAGACAUGAUUUCAGAAGCAACUUUGUGGGGCCCAGUAUCCCUCACAAAGGAGGCAUUAGAUAACCUUGUUUGUUCAUGCAGUGAAAUGACUGGGUUAUUAGUAAAGAACAUUUCUAAUAAUACUAUUAUCAGUGUAAGAAGGGUGGUAGCUCAGUAAUAAAGCAUAUACUCUGUGUGUCAGUGAUCCAGAGUUCAGGUGUUUGUGUGGGAUUGAGGAAGACUCCCAUUGAAGCUUUGGUGAGCUGCUUCCAAUUAUUAUAAACCAGGAUUUUCAAUCCUCUCCAAAUGUACUGAGAGUACAACUCUCUUAAGAUUUGGUAAUAAUGAUGUCAAUUCUUUCUUUUUGCCCAAAUUAUUUUUGUGUGAAUCCUGGAUUUUGAUCUUGACAUGCAUGUUGGAUACCACCAGUAAAAAAAAUACAGAAAUUGAAAAGUGUUUGUUCCCAUUUCUAUACUAAAGCAACCACUCUUUUCAUUUGCUCUGUUGUAAAUCUUGAACAUGCAUCUUCUGAUGUUCCAGGUAGAAUGAUUCAAAGGUCUGAUCCAUCUAUUCCUGACAUGCUGCUGCUGCUGGAAAAAGCUAUGGUGUUACCGAGAGCAGAAAAGCCUUGGCCAAUUAAAAUGCUGUCAACUUUUAAAGACUGUCCCUUUUCAUGACAAUCAAAAGGAUGCCUCCUCUCUUGAACUGAACCAUUUCAAUGUUCAAGGUUGUGAAGUUUUAUUCUUGCUUAGCUGAGAAAUGAUGCAUUUCUAAGCGGUAGAUCCUAUUGAUCAACAGAUGCCAGAUCAAUCUAUAAUAACCCUACUGGAGAUAAAUAGAUUUUGUCUGCAUUUCAGCCAAGUUCCAAGAUCCAUUACUUGGAUUAUUAUAGGACUCUUUCUUCCAUUGGUAUAUCAGAGAGCUAGAAUAAUAAAAAAAAGUUUUUUAGCUUUUCAGAUUUGUC